CCGAACGUUCUUUUGCGAAACAAGUCGUAGAACUAGAAGAUGACCCCGCCCAACCUCUCACUGAAACCUCAAUUCCCCCGAGUUUUCUUUUCAAUUCCCAACUCUCCAUUUUCCCUCUCCAUUCUUGACCGUCUCUCAGUCCAAACCCUCACUUUCUCAAGAAACAUCCCAUCACGUUCUCUCUCUGCUUUUUCUACUUCCUUCUCGCAGUCAUCCCAGCAACAAGUAGAAGGCGACUACGAAGAUGAACUUGUUGUUGGCGAUUGUGUUGUUUUCGAGGAAGGCAUCUUCGAAGACCCUUAUCUUCAAAACAAAUUCGAUGAGAAGAAGAAGCCAACUGCAGUGGCGAAGCCGGAGAACUUGGUUCCUGAUAAGUGGAAGGAAUUGCAGGCAGAAAUCAAUAUAACUAAAAAAGAGAAGCGUAAAAUUGCUCAGAAAUUGGAAUUUGGAAGUCGCAUUGAGAAGAAAAAGGCGGCGGCGGCCCACUUCAAGGAUAUGGAGGAGAACUUGGCAUAUCGGGAUGCCAAGUUGUCACAGCUGAGUCCGGUGGUUCUUGACAAUCCUACUUUUCCUGUGAAAGAGGAGGUGGGUAAGGAGGAUAAAGAAGUGAAUCAACUGGGGGAGGCUGAAUUUCCUUCGAGUAGUCGAGUGGCGCCUAGGAAUCCCAGAUUGGCCGUUUAUAAGGGAACACUGGAGGACAUUUCAGAGUUUUUUAAUAGCGGGAAAUAUAAUCCAGGGGAAAACUCUAGCAAGAAAUCCCAAGGAUCUCGUAAGUUGUUCACCAAGGAGGAAAAGGUUCUUCUGAAUAAGCGAACACCUACACUGACUGAUGCUACAUCUGGAAAAUGGCUACCUCUGCAUACCCUUGCUGCAUCAGGAGAAUUUUACCUUAUGGAUGCAUUGUUGAAACAUAAUGUUGAUAUCAAUGCUGCUGAUAAGGAUGGUUUGACUGCAUUGCACAGAGCCAUAAUUUGCAAAAAGCAAGCAAUUAUCAACUAUCUUUUGAGAGAAUCUGCAAAUCCUUUUGUCCGAGAUAAAGAGGGUGCCACUUUGAUGCACUAUGCUGUCCAAACUGCAUCUAUCCAGACAAUUAAAAUUCUUCUUCUGUAUAAUGUUGACAUAAACCUUCCAGAUGAUGAUGGUUGGACACCAUUGCAUCUUGCUGUUCAAACCCAAAGAACAGAUUUGGUGAGGCUUUUGUUGAUUAAAGGAGCUGAUAAGACUUUAAAAAACCAGGAUGGUUUAACCCCUCUUGAUCUCUGUUUCUAUUUGGGUCGAGACCUGAGGACUUAUGAGCUUAUCAAGUUACUGAAGCAGCUACCCAAGUCACAGUGACCAGUUUUGACAACUAGCCAUGCUUCAGGCACUCUGUUUCAUGUGUAAAUUCAACAUGUAUAUCUUUGUUCCAACAUUGCAGAGUUCUUUGGUUGUACAUUACAUCUUUCCUUGGUUUAAUGGGUCCGCCAAUUCAUCAAUCUGGAUCACUCAAGUUAAUGGUGUGAAAGACAUGCCAGAUGGGAGAAGAGAAACUUUGUUCCUGCAGGCAAUGUGGCAAUUAGUAAUGAUUUUGAACACCGCAACCUGAGUUUGAUCAAGCUUCAACUGUCAAGGUGUGAAUUAGCCAUCAACCAUUAUGGAUCUUCAGGUCUGUGCGAUGGAAGACAGUCUGUUCGUCCAUUAAAACUGGAAAGAGGUUGACUGUAAAGGAUAUCAGGGUGCAAAAUGGGGAUUUCUCUGGGUGGAUCUUUUUAUGCCAUUUAUUUUAUAUGAAUUAUAAUGAACUUAAGGGAAUUUGAAGGAUUGAGCAUCCAUAUUGUAUCUUUUUGCGUUAUUCAUGCUAUUAUUCUCACAGAAAAUACAUCAUUCAGGUAAUAGCAAUUGUGUUUGACGUGUAUGUGAAGCCCAAAGGCAAUAUGGCCUUGGUCUGUUGAUACAUGAAAGUCGGCCAUAUCUGCUCA